AUGUUCCGGCGCUCCAGCGCUGUCGUCUUGUGGCCCUUAGGCCCCACCAGCCCCGUUGUGCGUGAGGCAUGCAAGCGGGGAUACAUCUGCACGCAACUCCAGAGAGCAACCGAGGCAGCAUCGAUGGACGACAGGCGUCUGAGAUCAACAGAGGCAGUGGGGAAGUACUGGGCGCAUAGAUUAUACCAUACAAACGAUGGUAAAGCCCUGUCAGACGCCCCUUUUGUGCCAUACGGCCAUCGUUGGAUCUCUGAAGCUGCUCUAGGCAGUGUGAGAGAGUACUGCGACCAAGCUACUAAGAUAAUUCGCCUCGAGUGUCACCAACGCUUCAACCGGGAAUGCCUGAAGCACAGCGUCGUUCCUCAAACCCUCAGAUGUCGGCCUCUUGUGGACACCCCGUAUGGCAGGAAGCUUGCUCGGGACUGCGGCAUCAACUGUUUGAACGCCCGGCUCCUCGAAAACAAGUCGAAACUCAACGACUCCCGCCACCGACUGGACUCAGCUGAAAAGGCCUUGGCAGAGCUGCUAGAAAGAAACAAGCGGACCGAAAUUCACGACCAGAAGUUGUCCCGCAUGCUGCCGAAGAAACCCCCGGGGUAUGACUGCAAUAACGUCUUCAAUCUGUCAUCGAAAACACUCACCGACGAGCACGUAAGCCUUCUGUCGAAAGGACUGGAUUUUGCUCUCGCGCCCCGUGCUGUGCCUAAACGAGAAAUCAUAGUGGAAAUCGAAGACAGGCUUCGCCACAUCAAGGACUCAACAGGUGUCAACCUAGUACGCAGCCGCAUCGCCACAGUCCUAAACAACGUGAGUGGGCCACCCUCUAACCUGUCUAAGCAAGAACGGUCGGCGCUGCGUGACCUGCGCUCGGACAAAUCAGUCAUCGUCUUACCAGCGGAUAAAGGGAAAGGCACGGUUAUGUUGGACACGGAGGACUACCGUACGAAGAUGCAAGAGAUCCUCGACGAUGCUGCACAUUUCGUCCCCUUGGCGCAUGACCCGACGGCUAAAGCGGAACGCUCUUUGGUGGACCACCUCCGUCAGUUAAAGAAGAAGGGCCACCUAGAGGAUGUUACCUACCGCCGCCUCUUCUCAUCGGACGGUGCUAGUCCCAGAAUUUACGGCCUCCCCAAGAUACACGAGCCUGGGUGCCCUUUGAGACCGAUUGUCUCGUUCAUCGGGUCGCCAACGUACAACCUGUCCAAGUAUUUAGUAGAACUUGUGACUCCCGUUACCGGUAACAACAACCUGACGGUGCGCAACUCGAAGGAGUUUGUCGAGGUGGUCCGGACGCAGGCCCCAAGCAACAACGAUGUCAUGGUGUCACUCGAUGUGGUGUCACUGUUCACCAACGUUCCGAAGGAUCUCGCGGUACAAGUGGCGGAGGACCGACUACGGAAGGACAGCACCCUGCCAUCACGGACGUCACUCACAGUUGAAGAGGUAGCUAUAUUUCUGAGAUUCUGCCGCAAUCAAACUCAUUUCUGCUUCAACGGCAAGUGUUAUCAUCAAAUCGAAGGAUGCCCUAUGGGAAGCCCUGUAUCAGUGACGCUAGCAAACUUGGUCAUGGAACACAUUGAAGAGACGGCCAUGCAACGGUUCUCCCGCCCAGUUAAGUUCUACCGGCGCUACGUAGAUGACACGUUCGUCAUCCUAGACAGGAACCACGUCGACGAAUUCCACUCGGUUCUCAACUCCAUCGAAUCAUCGAUCAAUUUCACGUAUGAAGUCGAGCAGGGCGGAAAGCUUCCUUUCUUGGAUAUAUGUGUAUGCAGGGACAGUACGGGGAGCAUCCAUACGUGUGUCUACAGAAAGCCCUGCGAUACCGGCACUUUCCUAAGUUUUGAAUCACAUCACCCCACGGAACAUAAGCGAAGUGUGGUGCGAACUUUAUUGCAUCGUUCAGAGCAAUUGUCAUCUUGCAGCGAGCUACGGGCAUGUGAAGAUGCGACGAUCUCCGCUUCCCUGGACAAGCGAGGCUACCCACACAGGUUUAUUGAGGACACCCGGAAACGUAUGCAGCUACGUAAACCGCAAGAUGAGGAUCGCUCCCGCCUGACCCGGGUCACAAUCCCAUACGUCAAAGGCGUUUCAGGGUCUAUCCGCCGGGCACUACUUCCACUGGAAAUCUGGACGACCUUCCGACCGCACGUUAAACUGCGCAGCCUCAUCUCCAAGCCAAAAGACAUUGUCGCCCCAGAAGACCAGUCUGUGGUGGAGGAGCCAAGGCUAAACGUCCCGGAGGGAAUUCUUAAGCCAGAUAUAAUCGCCAGGAAAGAUGACAACACCUUCAUCUUGGAUGCACAAGUCGUGGGUACUGGGAUCUCCGUAGGCCUGGCACAUGAACACAAAGUGCUGAGAUACAAUAGACCGGAUGUGAUUGCCCAGGCCUCGGAGGUCUCGCAGGAUAACACCACCGUUAGCAGCAUCACCCUUUCCUUCCGGGGAGUUUGGGCCUACGAAAGUGCACAGCAUCUCCUCAAACUGGGCUUAACUAAAAGGGACAUAAAUAUGAUGAGUGUCAUUGCCAUGCAAGGAAGCAUCUUCGCCAACCGGAUUGGUGCGUGGAAGGUGUGGAGUGGCUGGACAACAUCGGUUGGUGCUGAGAAGACGGACGACGUCCUGGAUAGGCCUGCAGUGACUCAGUGGAACUUUGGACUUUGGAAGCAGGCGGCGACAACGGCUGUCGGCUGCGGGAGCCUCAAGUGGCAGCGGAUCUUCUUUCUUUUGUGA